CAUCAUCAUCGUCGUCGUCGUCGUCGUGGUCACCAUCACCACAGGAGAGAGGAAAAAGGAUUGUUUUAUUUUCUUCUUCUCUUCGUCGUCCUCCUCACGCCAGGGAGAAAGAAGCGACGUGUGAUGUGGAUGUGGAUGUGGACGUGGACGUGACACACAGGUGCAACAUCUUGUCUGCAGGCUGCACUUUGGGAGUAAAAAGAGAAAAGGUGCUAGUUUGCAGCCCGGCGAGCCUCCUCCUCCUCCUCCUCCUUCUCCUUCAUCACAGACUUGCUGCAUGCUCUUUUCUCCGUGUCACCGGGAAGCGCUCCAACAUGCCCGACUCACCUGCGGACGUCAAGACACAGUCCAGGUUGACCCCCCCCACCAUGCCGCCCCCUCCCAGCACCCAAGGAGGCCCCCGUAACAUGUCCUACACGCCCACCACCUUGACCAAUGGCAGCAGCCACUCGCCCACCGCCCUCAACGGAGCGCCGUCGCCGCCCAACGGCUACAGCAACGGGCCCGGCUCCUCCUCCUCGUCCUCGCUGGCCAAUCAGCAGCUGCCGCCGGCGUGCGGCGCCCGCCAGCUCAGCAAGCUGAAGCGCUUCCUCACCACGCUGCAGCAGUUCGGCAACGACAUUUCGCCGGAGAUCGGCGAGCGUGUGCGCACGCUGGUGUUGGGCCUGGUGAAUUCCACGCUGACCAUCGAGGAGUUCCACUCCAAGCUCCAAGAAGCCACCAACUUCCCGCUGAGACCUUUCGUCAUUCCCUUCCUGAAGGCCAACCUGCCUCUCCUGCAGAGGGAGCUCCUUCACUGCGCCCGACUGGCCAAGCAGAACCCGGCCCAGUACCUGGCCCAGCACGAGCAGCUACUGCUGGACACCAGCACCACGUCCCCAGUGGACUCCUCCGAGCUGCUGCUGGACCUCAAUGACAACGGGAAGAGGCGGACUCCCGACAGAAGCAAAGAGAACGGCUUGGACCGCGACGCCGCCGCCGCCCCGCCACACCCGGACGUGCACCCGGGCAAGCGGCCGUGCACCGUCAGCCCCGCCCUGCGCUUCAGCCCGUCCAACGGCAUCCCCUACCAGCCGCACCCGGGUCCGCUGCCGCCGCCGCCACCGCCGCACUACCGCCUGGACGACAUGGCGGUCGCACACCACUACCGCGACGCCUACCGCCACCCACCCUCCAAUCACAGAGAGAUCCGCGAGAGAGCCCGCCCCCUCGGGGUGCAUGGUGGGGGGAGACAGGAGGAGAUGAUCGACCACCGUCUGACAGAGAGAGAGUGGGCAGAGGAGUGGAAACACCUUGACCAUGUAAGAAAACUGCUGAACUGCAUCAUGGACAUGGUGGAGAAGACCCGGCGCUCGCUGACCGUGCUGCGCCGCUGCCAGGAGGCCGACCGCGAGGAGCUCAACUACUGGAUACGCCGUUACAGCGACGCCGAGGAGCUGAAGAAGGGCGCCGGCGGAGGGCAGUCCAGGCAGCAGAGCCCAGCAGGGCAGGACAACCCAGUGUCAGAAAUUCACAGGGAGCUUCUGCAGCGACCUGUGUCUGGUUAUGUCCCUGAAGAAAUCUGGAAGAAAGCUGGUGCGGCAGGACUGACUUCCUGUGUGUUUCCAGAGGAGGCGGUGAACGAGGUGAAGCGGCAGGCGGUGUCGGAGCUGCAGAAGGCGGUGUCGGAGGCGGAGCGUAAAGCACGCGACAUGAUCAGCAGCGAGCGCGCCAAGAUGGAGCGCGCGGUCGCCGAGGCCAAGCGGCAGGCGGCCGAGGACGCCAUGUCUGUCAUCAACCAGCAGGAGGACUCCAGCGAGAGCUGCUGGAACUGCGGCCGCAAAGCCAGCGAGACGUGCAGCGGCUGCAACACGGCGCGCUACUGCGGCUCCUUCUGCCAGCACAAAGACUGGGAGAAGCACCAUCACGUGUGCGGGCAGACCCUCCAGCAGGGCGCCACGCCGCCCGCACCACACGCCCCCGCCCCCGUCACCUCCCCCGCCCGCACCCCCAGCAGCUGCACGGGGAGUCCCGCGGCGACGCCGCCCGCCGCCACCCCGGCCGCCACACGCUGCUCCACCCCCGGCACCCCGACGUCGUCCUCGGCGCCGGACGGCCCGCCGCGCUAGGUGGGGCGCGGGAUGAUGCUAAGCUAACUGAACAACAAGUCAUAUUGACUGUGAAGACAUUCUUUCUUGUACAUAUCCACCACACUGACGUGACGUCCCCACUCCCACUCCCACUCCCACUCCUCAUCUCAUCUCAGCCUCGUCAACCCUGACUCCAACCAUCCUUUUUCACACAAUUGAUGUCCCUGAUGUCUCUCUCUGACCACAUGUCCACUUGUUGGAAGGACUUCUGCUGCCUCCAAGGACACAUCUGGACAUAUUUACACAUAUUUAGACAUUUUUGGACAUGUUAGGACACAUCUGGACAUUUUUAGACAUAUUUGGACAUAUAUAGACAUUUUAGGACACAUUUAAACAUUUUUGGACAUGUUAGGACACAUCUGGACAUAUCUGGACAUAUUUACACAUGUUUGGACAUAUUUAGACAUUUGGACAUAUUUAGACAUUUUAGGACACAUCCGGACAUAUUUACACACAUUUAGACAUUGUUGGACAUGUUAGGACACAUCUGGACAUAUUUAGACAUAUUUGGACAUAUUUACACAUUUUAGGAGACAUCUGGACAUAUUUGGACAUAUUUAAAUAAUUCUGGACAUAUUUAGACAUUUUAGGACACAUCUGGACAUAUUUACACAUAUUUAGACAUUUUUGGACAUGUUAGGACACAUCUGGACAUUUUUAGACAUAUUUGGACAUAUAUAGACAUUUUAGGACACAUUUAGACAUUUUUGGACAUGUUAGGACACAUCUGGACAUUUUUAGACAUAUUUGGACAUAUAUAGACAUUUUAGGACAUGUUAGGACACAUCUGGACAUAUAUAUACAUUUUAGGACACAUUUAGACAUUUUUGGACAUGUUAGGACACAUCUGGACAUAUUUAGACAUUUGGACAUAUUUAGACAUUUUUGGACAUGUUAGGACACAUCUGGACAUAUAUAGACAUUUUAGGACACAUUUAGACAUUUUUGGACAUGUUAGGACACAUCGGGACAUAUUUAGACAUGUUUGGACAUAUUUACACAUUUAGACAUUUUAGGACACAUCCGGACAUAUUUACACACAUUUAGACAUUUUUGGACAUGUUAGGACACAUCUGGACAUAUUUAGACAUAUUUGGACAUAUCUGGACAAAUGUAGACAUUUUAGGACACAUCUGGACAUAUUUAGACAUAUAUGGACAUAUUUAAACAUUUCUGGACAUAUUUAGACAUUUUAGGACACAUCUGGACAUGUUUGGACAUAUUUAGACAUAUUUGGACAUAUUUAGACAUUUUAGGACAUAUCCGAACAUAUUUACGUAUAUUUAGACAUUUUUGGACAUGUUAGGACACAUCUGGACAUAUUUGGACAUAUUUACACAUUUUAGGAGACAUCUGGAUAUAUUUGGACAUAUCUGG